AUGAUGACUCGGUUACCGGAGAAGGACCCGGCCCAGAUAACCCGUGUCCAGAUGAUGCCCAUCCUGACCAACCGGUCAGACCAGCCCAGCGCCGCCGAAAGUUUGCCCGCAGGCCGCACAAGCUGGGAGAUGUGCAGCAGCAAAGGAGAAGGCUGUAGCAGCAGGACGCUGCCGGGAGCCGCUGUGGAGGCGAGAAGCCGGCGCGUUCCCACCACGCUCCUGCUGCUCUGCGCCUACCUGGUUUAUCUGCUGCUGGGCAGCGCCGCGUUCUGGGCCAUGGAGGGGCCGGUGGAGCGCGACACGGCGCUGCGGUUGCUGCAAGAGAAGCAACAGCUGUUGGAGAACCACACGUGCCUCGAGGGGGAAGCCCUCGAGCGCCUCGCCGAGCAUAUCAUCCAGACCUACAAGAGUGGCCUUAUGCUUAAAGGAAAUGCAAGUCUGGGGAGAUGGGACUUUGUUGGCUCCUUCUUCUUCUGUGUUUCUGCAGUAACAACCAUUGGCUAUGGGAACUUGAGCCCCAGCACAGUGGUUGCACAAGUUUUCUGCAUCUUCUUUGCCCUCUUUGGGAUUCCCUUAAACCUUGUGCUCCUGAACAGGAUAGGACAGCUGAUGCUCUCUGGUGUUCAGCAGUGCGCCUGCCGCUUGGGUGAGAAGUUUCACUGGCAGAAAGGGGCUGCUGUGUUGACAUGGACCUGCUCGCUGGUUGCUGGGCUUCUACUGUUCCUUCUGCUACCUCCUCUGUUGUUCACUGCCAUUGAAGGCUGGACAUAUGAAGAAGGAUUCUACUAUUCCUUUAUUACUCUCACCACAAUAGGCUUUGGAGAUUAUGUAAUUGGCAUGAACCCUGACCGCACAUACCCAGCCUGGUACAAGAAUGUGGUAUCUCUGUGGAUUCUCUUUGGAAUGGCCUGGCUAGCCCUGAUCAUCAAUCUUUGCAUCAGCUUACUAGAAAACUCCAGUGACCUCUGCCGUUGCUGUAAAAGGAAGAGCAGAGAGGUAGAGCAGGAGCUAAUAGAUGGCAACCAAAAUGUCAGCCUGGGUCCCGAGGAUGAGCAAAGCUGCAGCAUGAAGUCCACCAAGCCAGGCAGUCCAGAUUGA